CAAAGAUGGUGUCACGCCCAUAGCGGCUGCAUAAAAGCAGGCGAAUCUCGAAUAGUUCGAAAAUCUACAAAAUGUUCCUUUUUUCGAUUUUGCCUCUAACGGCAAUAUUAGUGCCUUCAGCUUCGUCAGAAGCGUAUUGCUCUGAUGGUCAACUCGAAAAGUCGGUUAUCGAUUCUAUACUAGACCCUAUCAAUAAAAUACGAUCGGUGUUGGCACAGGGAAAUUUGAAAGACGGUAAAGCACCUCCAGCGAAUAUAUUUCCACAAGCGAAUGCAAUGAACAAACUUGAAUGGGACUGCAAUCUGGAGAAAACCGCGAUAAGAAAACUCGACUGUGACAUUUCGACAGCACCUGUAGUUAACAAUAAAGCAGUGCUCUUCUAUGACGAUCCUGAUGAAUUCGGGCUUUCGCCGAGCUGUGCGGUCGCCGCUUGGUUAAGGGAGCAUAGCGCGGCUUCGUUUAACGGCCUCACUGGGGCCCCUACUGAAAUCAAAAGGCCUAAUAAUGAUGGCAAAUUCGAGAACUUCGCUAAUCUUAUGAAUGAUAAAACGACAAAGAUUGGCUGUGCACACAUUUGUGAAUCCGGAAAGAGACCCCUGUUAUGCCUAACAAACAAACCCCCAAUUCCUAAAGAUGGAACUGGAGUUAUCUAUACGGUUAAUGCAACAAAAGCCUGUAGUGGUUGUAACAAAAACACUAGACCGUGCAACACAGAAACAAGAUUGUGCGAAGCGCCCGAGCAAUCAACCACAGAGUCCACAACAGAGGCCACAACAAAGACCACAACAGAGACCGCAAAGGCCACAACAAAGGCCACAACAAAGACCACAACAGAGACCGCAAAGGCCACAACAACAACAACCAUGAAGGCUUCCUAUCCUGGCGAGCUACCCACAGGAACGAAUAAAGAUUGCCCGGACAAUGUCGGAAUGACUGAUGAACUCAGGACGCAGUACGUGAACACACAAAACGACAAGAGAAGCAGUCUCGCGAAAGGCGGCCAAGUCAAAAGACCAAGCGGAAACAUUCUACCAUCUGGAGCAAAUAUCCUAAAACUGAGUUUUAAAUGCGAGCUGGAAAAAAAAGCUAUUGAAGAAGUGCGAGAAUGUCCUACAUAUAAGACGUCCGAUAAUAAUUCGUAUGGUAAAAACUUCGGCACUAGUAUUGUUACAUCAACUUACAGUGAUGCAUUAGAUAAGGCUGUGACAAAUUGGUGGAAUGUGGUUAGUACCGAAAGAAAUGGUCCAGGAAUGCAAGUGACAUUCCGUAGUAAUCAUGUGAACCAACCCGUAGAAUCGUAUACCCAGAUUGCUUGGGCCAACACCAAAUACACUGGAUGUGCAAUCGCCAAAUGCUCAUCUUCCUACACGGUCAUAUGUCUAUAUGAGCCAAAAGGUAACAUCGUGGACCAAGUGCUUUACAUGAAAGGAAGUCCUUGUGCUGCUUGUCCUACGACAUGCGACAGCGCUCUUGGACUCUGUGUGCAGUGAUCGUAACUCUAAACAACUAUACAUCGCUUAUCCUGUCUUUUCUUUAGACUUUUCUACUAUACGGGGGCGCUUCAUCUUUCGUAGUCAUCUUUCGUUUAGGUAUUGCUUUUUACUCUUGCUAGUAAAU